CCAUCACUGUGUAAAAGUUCGUCGUGCUUCCCUGUUGGAUGCAAAAUUGAAGUUUGUAUGAAAAAUGAAAUUAAUUUCACAAUUUAAUGCAAUAUUCAAAGGUAAAGAGAAACACGGAAUUCACAGGUUUUUACAGGUCGGGUUGCGUGGUUUUGAAAGGAUGUAAAAGAGAGUUCGUUGCUUGCUUUGGAACACCCAAAAAUAAGUUUUCUUAUUACCAAAGUGCGAAAUGGGCAUGUGGGGAUUUCUACAAAUACAAAUUAGUGUCUUUUGAGAGUAGAGAAAAACUAGAUUGCGUCUUAGAACUUUUUAAAAUCUACAAUAUAACCAACAAUAGAUUUUACGUUUCGGCAACUUCACUAGGAUGCGUGAAUUCGAUAAGGUGGUGCAACUACCUGGACAAUUCGUUGGUCCAGGACUCCUACAUUAAAUGGGCAAAAGGAGAACCGUCGACAGACCCCUCUAAGGAGUGUGUAUACGUCGACUAUGAUUCAGCCAAGAUAGAGUUUACUUUUGCUAAAACAAACUGCAAAGCUGACAUUUUUUCUAUGACUGAGAGUCUGACUUCCUUUGAAAGUAAUACAUUAGGAAUAAAGUAGUUUUUCAUAUAAUUUUUUUUUUAGUUUCUAAGCCAGAUUUU